GAGGAGAAUGGGGCUGGGAGAAGCGAGGGAUUGGGAUCGGGGCGGGGACAGGGCUGGCACUGAUUGAAAGGAGGAGCGCGGUAAGAGGUUGCAGCGAAAGCUUAGGAAUAGCCGAGGUGGUGUGAUCACCUCCCGAGUUCAGUCCGGAGGGAGAAGCCUGCUGACUAGGCCCCGAGAGGAGAUGGAAGAUCAAACGGCCGCGGGCGACGGCGGGCGGAGAGCCAGCCUGAUCGAGGAGCCGCCGCCGCCACCACCGCCGAUGAUCAGCGUGGACGUCGUCGGGGUCCUGCUGCAGUUCUCCAAGACUUUUGUCAUCGUCUUCCCGGUGUACGUGCUCGGCUACCUGGGUCUGAGCUUCAGCUGGGUCCUCAUCGGGCUGCUCGUCUUCUUCUGGUGGCGGAGGAACCGGGGCAACAAGCGCUCGCGGCUGUUCCAGGCGCUGGCGUUCCUGGAGCACGAAGGCAAACCCCUGCAGGAGAACAUCCAGAGCACCGACCUCCCGGCCUGGGUUCACUUCCCAGAUGUGGAGCGGGUGGAAUGGCUAAAUAAGACGGUAAAGCAGUUGUGGCCUUAUAUAUGUCAAUUUGUGGAGAAAUUGUUGAAAGAAACCAUUGAACCAGCUGUGAGGGGAGCAAACAGUCAUCUUCGUACUUUCAACUUUACAAAGGUUGACAUGGGAAACAAGCCUCUGCGGAUUGAUGGGGUGAAAACAUAUAUGGAAAAUAUAGACAGUAGACAAAUUAUUUUGGACCUUCAAAUCAGCUACGUUGGAAACUGUGAGAUAGACCUUGAGAUUAAGAAGUACUUUUGCAGAGCUGGUGUGAAAGGUAUACAGCUGAAUGGUAUAAUUCGUGUGAUUCUUGAACCCUUGAUUGGUGACAUGCCACUGGUUGGAGCACUAUCACUCUUCUUUCUUCGCCGGCCUUUGCUUGAAAUUAAUUGGACAGGACUGACCAAUCUUCUGGAUGUCCCUGGUCUGAAUGGCAUGUCAGAUACGAUCAUCCUUGACAUUAUUUCCAACUAUCUGGUUUUGCCCAAUCGGAUCACAGUACCACUGGUUGAUGAGGUGCAUCUGGCUGAACUGCGUUUUCCUGUACCAAAAGGGCUUUUGAGAAUACACUUCAUUGAAGCUCAGGAUCUGCAAUGGAAGGACAAGUUCAUGAAGGGACUUGUGAAAGGAAAAUCCGACCCAUAUGGCAUUCUCUAUAUUGGUAACCAGAUGUUCCAAAGUAAGACGAUCAAAGAAAAUCUCAAUCCAAAAUGGAACGAGGUUUAUGAGGCACUGAUUUAUGAAAAUCCUGGUCAAGAACUUGAGAUUGAACUUUUUGAUGAAGAUCCAGACAAAGAUGAUUUUCUUGGCAGCCUUAUGAUUGACCUUGCUGAAGUUCAAAAGGAACAGCUUGUUGAUCAGUGGUUCGAUUUGGAUGAGGUGAGCGUUGGAAAGCUGCACUUGAAGUUCGAGUGGCUCUCCCUGCUGUCAGAAGCCAACAAGCUGCCAGAGGCAAUGGCCAGCACCAAAGCUAUUAAAGGAACAGCCAAUGAUGGACUUUCCUCUGCUUUACUCAUCAUCUAUCUUGACUCUGCUAGGAAUCUCCCACGCAAUCCAUUUGAAUUUAACCUUGACGGCUUGAAGAGGGCUAAUGUUUCCAAAUCACUGAAGUUUGCAAAGAAAAUGAACAGUGAGCCUAACCCAUUUGUCCAGCUGUCAGUGGGACAUACCACGUACGAAAGUAAGAUCCGAUAUCGGACCACGGAGCCUGUCUGGGAAGAAUCGUUUAUUUUCCGCAUUCAUAAUCCAUUGACUGUGGACCUGGAUAUUGAGGCCAAAGAUGACCAUCACCAGUGCUCGCUAGGUUCAUUUAACCUACCUCUUAAAAAAUUGCUGGAGGCUGAAGACCUAACAAUGGACCAACGAUUCCAGUUAAACAAUUCAGGUCCUAGCAGCACUCUCAAGAUGAAGAUCGUGCUUCGAAUCCUUGGUCUUGAAAAAAGAGACAAGACUCCAGAUGGUUCAUCAGCUCAGUUAAAGAAGCAACCAUCUCAUAGCAAAGAUAAUCGGAAGCCAGCAUCCAAAAUGCCACUGGUCCCGCCCUCAGAGUUAAGCAAGCCCUCCCCCACUGCUCCUGCUGUUGACAGCAUCAAAAAGCCUGAGAAGACGGACAGGCUGGAGAACUACAGCACUGCUUCCCUCAGCCCACAGAGGCCUGCCAAUCUUCAACAAACUGCGUCAGCCAACGCCAGCUCCAGCCAAACAGGCUCUCCAUCUCAUCUUUCUGCUAAAGAACCGACUCCAAGUAUUGCCUCCGAUGUAUCUUUACCCUUUGCCACGCAGGAGUUACACCAGAGACUACGUCAACUCCAAAAUGGGACAACUCUUGGUCAAUCACCAUUGGGUCAGAUUCAGCUAACUCUUCGACACAGUUCCCAAAGAAACAAACUUAUUGUCAUUGUGCAUGCUUGCCGUAAUUUAAUAGCUUUUUCUGAAGAUGGCUCAGAUCCAUAUGUUCGAUUGUAUUUAUUGCCUGAUAAAAGAAGAUCGGGAAGGAGAAAAACAUCUGUGCUGAAGAGACAGUUAAAUCCAGUCUAUGAUGAAACAUUUGAGUUCAUUGUAUCGCAAGCAGAGGUACAGAAAAGGACUCUGGAUGUAGCUGUAAAGAACAGUGGUGGCUUUUUAUCCAGGGACAAAGGGCUUUUGGGAAAGCUCCUAAUGGAAAUGACAGAAGAAGUAAUUAAAGGCUCUACGCAGUGGUAUGAUUUAACAGAAGAUGGGACCAGGCACCAACCUCAGGCCUAGAGACUGCACUAACGCAGUGUUUUUACCUUUGGCCACCCAAGCUUUUAGCAGGUUUUUUUUAAUACACAUGUUUCCCAGGAGCACCAGCAUCACACCUAAAGCUUUGCACGUGUGCCACUGGAUGCACCAAGUUUUACAGAUGAUGCCACCCCCUCAGUAUCUAGUUUACUGAGUUUCGGCACUGCUUGUGCAUUUUUUAAAAAAAUACUUUUAUUCAUCAAGUAAUUUUUAAAAUUCUGUUUUGAUCAAAACCAUUACUGACACGUCACCCAUGGCUGUAAAGUGGAUAAACUGUGGUGUCUGUAUUGACUACCGUUUUUCGAAAGAAAAUCUCUUUACUGUACAAGACUGUAAUAUAUGGUGUGAGGCAGAAAGUGGAUUCAGAAUUACUUUAGCCUUGCUUUCUGUAGGUUUGCAAUGUAUAACAUGUAAAUACAGCGUGUGUAAUUAUUAUAUUACUAUGUGUUCUCAGACAUUUGUGAAGGAUACUGAAGGGAGAAUGUUCCAUUUAUUGAAGUAACAAACUUUGCAUGUCUCACUGAGCAGUUGCCUCAUGCUUUUUACAGUAGCCGUGCAGUGUAUAGUUCUUCAUAAGAAGCAUGUGCUAUGAUGCAAAGUAUAUUGGCUUUAUUGAGUUGUCAUUCAAUUCACAUGUCACAUUGUGUAUUUACCAGAGCAAUUGUGAAGAGCUGCACGUUACAGAGGCAGAAACUGCAUUUCACAAUUGUGAGUCUCGAGUAAUAACUAUGGGGAUUGAAUAGUAACUAUUUAUUUUAGUUUUGAUUUUUAAAUUUUGUUUUGUAGGUUUAAGCACCAUAUGUUUAGUAAGUUUUUCAUCCCUGUAUUACUCUCAGGCUUCUGUCUUUGCAUUUUUGCCUUUCCCUGGGGAAUUCCCAAUAUCUUCACUCAGCACUUAAUGACUGACAGGACAAGCUACUUCCCUGAUUCUAGAUCUCUUCUAAACCUAUUUUUCUUUGAAUUAAUGGGAGAUGUGGGGAUUGCAUGCUUUGUUUAUCUUCCCUAUAUACAUGACAUCAAAAUCUCAUUGUGUUGGAAAUCAUAGAGGAGAAUCUAAAUUGUAUUUUGACAGGCCUACUGUUGGAUGUUCUUAUGUUCUAUUACUACUACACAUAUGUUCUUCUACGGCAUUGCUCUGGUUUAAGAUUUCAUUGUAUAUAAAAAUGUAUUAAAGAUGUUAAUACUUUGUAGUAUUUCAGAUGUAUUGACAUCUUCUAUCAGUGUAUGAAAGUUUAGUUCAACUCUUUUGAAUCAAAGGUUGGGUUGAAGUAAAAGGUUUAAAAACCUGUUAUUAAGUAAGCUAUUGUUUGAUUUUAGAUGAGAUAUCGUAGAUUUGAGUUACAGAAGAAAAAUAUUUUCAGAUUUUAUUGUGCUGUGUCUCACAGUUAGUAUGUCAAUGCUGGGAUUCUGAGGUACAGUGUCUCUGAAAAGUAUACUGACCUACUAAUCAUGAGACAAUAUACAUCAUCGAAUCAUCAAAAAUGAUUCAAUUCACUUACCAUUUUGUUUCACUUAAUCAGAACGUUAAUCAUGUUAUAAAUGUUGCAGUGUCAUUUUGUAUUCCAGCUAACACAUUCUUCACUCAAGCAGAACAGUUAGUUUGAUCUUGUGGUAUCUAGAUGAUUAUUGCAUAAGUAAUGUUCCAAGUCAAAAGUGGUAUUAAACGUUACAAGUAUUGAGUUAUAUUGACAAAAUCUAGGUCAUUGAUAGAAAACCAUAAGGUCAGUUGCUUGUACCUUAAGAGAUGUAAUUCACAUUUGUUUCAUUUUUCUUGGUACAGUGUUUAUUUACAACUACAUGCUGAACUUUUCCCUUUAUUAAGAAAUAAAGAAUUAUUUCUGCAGACAAGUUUUAAUUAAAUUUCCAUGCAUUUAGAUUACCUGAUUUUAAAAAUUGAAAUCAAGAGUUGACUGCUUCAUAAUGUCAACAAAAUAGAAUUAUAUUUUAAAAAUAGUUGCUCAGGCACUGAUGACUAAUCAUUCUAUAAGCAUCCUAGCAUUUCAAUUGGAAUGUAUUCAGAAACUAACAAGAAAAUCAUAAGCACCAACAAAAUGGAAUUUACAUGUGCAGUAAUCUUUGUUCACAUCACUCUGUCCCAUUGAAUACAAAAUAAUAUUAAAGAUUACUUACAAUUGCACGAAGCGCACUCUGUGACUGGUGUUAAUUCUGUAAUAUCCAAGUGUUUGGUUCUCAAGAUAGAAUAAUGCAACUGAAUCAGUCAAGUCUAUUGCUUCAAGCUACCAUUGUCUGCUCUGUGCAGUUCUUAUUGUGCCUUAAAUAUGUAUGUAUGAAGAUGUUAUAAAAACAAUUUUCUGUUAGAAGAUCAUUAUACUUCUCAGAUUUUUGGGGUUUUUUAGCAGCUAUAUUUAUGAUAUUUACUUUGCAGAAUUGCCAACGCUGUGGAAUAAAGUUUUUUUUCUUACGUGUUCAUCAGAAUGAAGGCCUCUUUAUUCUAUCCAAAUGAUACAAUCAGUCUUUAUUUUAUAAUUGUUCAUCCCCAAUGUGCUCUCUUUAGUGUUAUUCAGAAGCAUCACAAAUAGAAAAGUUCAGAAAUUUCACCAUCAAAUAAGAAAGAUCUGUUGACUUGGGGUACACAAUGAACUGACUUUUCUGCUAUCUGUUCAUUGACUUGCUUAUAAUUGUAUCUUGUAAAACUUUUUAUGAAUGCUGAUGAAUGGGAAAUUCAGAGCGAAUAAUUAACAGCAAGGGAGCUUAAAAAGCCACUGUUCAUUUUAUCAUUUUUUUUAAUGUUGUCUUCACUAUAAAUAUUUUCAAUUUUUGUUGACUGGCAAUUCCAGCAUUCUGUAAUUUAAUUGUU